AUGGAGGGAUGGUCUGUUGGGAGAGGAGGAUGGAGGGAUGGUCUGUUGGGAGAGGAGGAUGGAGGGAUGGUCUGUUGGGAGAGGAGGAUGGAGGGAUGGUCUGUUGGGAGAGGAGGAUGGAGGGAUGGUCUGUUGGGAGAGGAGGAUGGAGGGAUGGUCUGUUGGGAGAGGAGGAUGGAGGGAUGGUCUGUUGGGAGAGGAGGAUGGAGGGAUGGUCUGUUGGGAGAGGAGGAUGGAGGGAUGGUCUGUUGGGAGAGGAGGAUGGAGGGGGACUGGGGGAUUCUAGAGGGAGAGGGGGAAUGACAGAGAGCAGGACUGUGUACUUAAUUGGGAGAAGAAGAGAGUAGGGGGACUCUGGGGUUCUAGUAUAUAUAUAUAUUUUUUAAGGGAAUGUGAAUCAUCCCUUUAAAUAAAAAAACUCAGUAGCCAAUGUUGUAUUUCUGUGUGUUCUGUAUGUUGGAUAGUUUUUUACAAAUACAGAUAUUUUCUGUCCCAAUAUGUCAGGAUAGAUGGUAAAGAUACUGUAGAGGGAAGUGGAGAGUGAUAUGAUGCAAUGUAAUAAGUAGAGUAUAGCACAGGUUGAUGAAUUAUGAAGGAUGCUUGGAGGUUGCGUCAAGGUGUCUGUAUGAUGUGGGGACUGGGACUUGUGUGCUUUGUGUAUUAGUGUGUGAAAUAGUGUUAGUAUUAUAUGAAUGUUUUUAUUUUUGUUGUGAUGUUCAAAAACAUAGAGAACUGUGUGUGUGUGUGAGAGAGAGAGAGAGAGAGAGAGAGAGAGAGAGAGAGAAUGAGAGAAUGUGAGAGAGAGUGAGAGAGAGAGAGCAUGUAGCAAGGUGACUGUUGUGAGGUGUCAUCGUGUGUGUUAUAUUGUGUCUGGUUCUACAGAGCUUCAAGUUGAACGUGGAAAGUCACUGCUCCCUGAAGCUCCCUGAAAGACUGUGUUAAUAUGUUGUCUGGUUGUGUCUUUGUUGCAGAGUUUCAAGCUGAACGUGGACAGUCACUGCUCCCUGAAAGACUAUGUACUGGAGGAAGGCAGGCAGCUGCUGGAAGUCAUCAUCUCCCACAAAUCAGGUACGGCUCUCACUGCUCGCAACCCUCUCAUUUAUUAUUAAUGUUUAUAUUAACAUACUGACCUUCAGAAUGUAUACAUCUUAAAGUAACCGCUUCUCAAGCAAGGGGAAGGGGGUAAAGAAACAGCUUUUUCAACAUACAUUACCAAUGGCAUUCUAUCUGCAGUGGAUUGAGUGAGUGAGUGAGUUCGGACAGGCUGGGAGAGGUUGGUGCUUGUGACUGGGUCGAGAAAAGAUAGAGAGGAGAGCCAGAGAGGUGGAAAGAGGAGAGGGAGAGAGGUGGAAAGAGGAGAGGAAGAGGUGGAAAGAGGAGAGGGAGAGAGGUGGAAAAUAGGAGAGGGAUAGAGGUGGAAAGAUGAGAGGGAGAGAGGUGGAAAGAUGAGAGGGAGAGAGGUGGAAAGAGGAGAGGGAGAGAGGUGGAAAGAGGAGAGGGAUAGAGGUGGAAAGAGGAGAGGGAGCGAGGUGGAAAGAGGAGAGGGAGAGAGGUGGAAAGAGGAGAGGGAGAGAGGUGGAAAGAGGAGAGGGAGAGAGGUGGAAAGAGGAGAGGGAGAGAGGUGGAAAGAGGAGAGGGAGAGAGGUGGAAAGAGGAGAGGGAGAGAGGUGGAAAGAGGAGAGGGAGCGAGGCGCUGUGUAUUUGAAGCGAGCGAGUAAUAAUAAUAUAAUAUGCCAUUUAGCAGACGCUUUUAUCCAAAGCGACUUACAGUCAUGCGUGCAUACAUUUUUGUGUAUGGGUGGUCGCGGGGAUCGAACCCACUACCUUAGCGUUACAAGCGCUGUGCUCUACCAGCUGAGCUACAGAGGACCACAGUAGGAGAGAGAAAAAGCGAAGGAGGCGCUGUGUAUAUUAUAAUAAUAAUAAUAAUUUGGUGGCAGUUUAUAUCUGUCCUACUUCACACAUGUACAAGUUUGUAUUAUACACGUGUGAAUUGUAAAUGUUUAUUUUUUUCAUAUUCUAACUCCCUGAGACACCCUCGGAGAGUGGGGUCACGGCCAGGGAUAUAAAAAGAGAGGGAUCGAGUGAGGGAGGGAGGCACUGUGUUUUUGAAGAUAGGUGAAAUUAGGAACAGCAGGGCCUGAGUUAGAGGCCAUCUUCCAGACGUUUCCUCCCCUCUGCUGGGCCGAUUAUUCACCUAAAGCAUCUAGCCAGCCAGUCAACCAGACAGCAAAUCUCUCCCCUUACUUCCUUCGCUGCAGACACUAAUACCUGGUUUCCUAGCAACUCUGCAGUUCACUCAUGAUAAUUCUACAGGUAUGAGCAGUGUGUGACAUUGUUGAGCAGCCAGUCACUAGAUAGAUAGUACAGUGAGUGUGUGUGUGUGUGUGUGUGUGUGUGUGUGUGUGUGUGUGUGUGUGUGUGUGUGUGUGUGUGUGUGUGUGUGUGUGUGUGUGUGUGUGUGUGUGGGUGUGUGCAUUACAGGGUCACAUUCUGCCCUGGCUCAUUCAUCUUGAUUUGAUUACUUUGAACAAACAGGAUUUGGGUGAAUGAUGGCUGCUGGUUGAGAGACAGACAGGGCUGGAGUUUGUUCAAACAGGAUUUGGGUGAAUGAUGGCUGCUGGGACAGAGUCCUGCUGGUUGAGAGACAGACAGGGCUGGAGUUUGUUCAAACAGGAUUUGGGUGAAUUAUGGCUGCUGGGACAGUGUCCUGCUGGUUGAGAGACAGACAGGGCUGGAGUUUGUUCAAACAGGAUUUGGGUGAAUGAUGGCUGCUGGGACAGUGUCCUGCUGGUUGAGAGACAGACAGGGCUGGAGUUUGUUCAAACAGGAUUUGGGUGAAUGAUGGCUGCUGGGACAGUGUCCUGCUGGUUGAGAGACAGACAGGGCUGGAGUUUGUUCAAACAGGAUUUGGGUGAAUGAUGGCUGCUGGGACAGUGUCCUGCUGGUUGAGAGACAGACAGGGCUGGAGUAACACCGUGGUGGUUCUGCAGGUGGAUGCAGUGUGUUGUGGGAGGGGUUUAACUCUAAACCAGCUACUCAUCACAUGUGGUACACAUAUUGGUGUGUUCAUAUAUUGUACAUUAGUUCACAUACUGUAUGGCAGAUCACAUAGGCAUCUGUGUUCAGGGUAGAGAGAGCAAGGUGGACCACUGAAUAAUUCCUGAUCAUAUCAAAUAAAGACCUCACUCACCCUUUAAAGACUAAUAAACAAGGUAAAUAAUAAUAAUAAUAAUAAUAAUAAUAAUAAUAAUAAUAAUAAUAAUAAUAAUGAUAAUGAUCAAGGAUAAAAGAGUUUAGCAUAAUAAAAUGAUAAAUAUCAGUACAUCAGUGAAUGAAGGAUUUUAGGAGGGUGAGUGUGUCAGAAUGGAAGGAAGUUUAUAGGUAGUGGUUAAACCAGAGACUUUCUCUCUCUCUAUUGUCUAUCUGUCCAGGCCUGAGGGACAUGCUCCAGAUGGUCGUACACCAGUGGCAGCAGCUCCAGAGGCAGAUCCGCCGCCAGCACAGCUGGAUGCUGCAGACUCUGGACGCCAUCAAAGCCCACAUCCUGGCCACUGAGACUGAGGCCUCUCAGGAGGCAGAGACCACGGGACCGCUGGCCAGCCCAAAGGUAAACUGUAGCCACACAGACUCCAUUUCCUCAUAUCCCCCAUAUCCCACCGCCCGCCUGGCCCGCGUGCCUGUCCUCCUGCCACUGACUGAAGUCCACCCGCUCUCCCUCUUCGUUCCUCUCCCUCUGUUCUCCUCUCCCUCUCGCCCGGGGCUAUCCAGUGCUCGCUCAGCAAAAUAA